UUUUUGAGACGAAGCAUUGCAGCGGCAGGUGUCGCUAAUGGAGAUAUACGCGGGUUGCGAGCCGCCGCCAUUACAUGCGAAGAAGAAGAAGCCGAAGAAGAAGAAGAAGCAGCAGCUGGGACAAUCGUGCUCAUGACAGCAAACAAUCAACGACAGCGUCCUGGCUAUCCCUUUUUCUUUUCUUCGAUUCCACUUCUUGUUUUUGUGCAAGUGACAAGAUGCUGUUGGCACUCAGGCGCCUGGCGGCAGAUCUCCGCGGGGGUUUGCGGCUGAGGAAUACGUGGCGGGAGCGUCCGCACGGAUUUCCUCCUCCGCCGCCCCCCGCCCGCCUCUCGUCUGGAGGCGAGCCAUCGUCGGCCAAGCUGAAGCUGAGGACGCGCGCGGCGGCGACGCUGCUGCUGGCCGGCGGCCUGCUGGCGGCGUGGGCCCGGGUGGACGCCGAAAAGCGGCGGGGGGAGCGGCGGGCGCGGGCCGAGGAGCUGCGGCGGGUGGCGCUGGGUCGGGGCGACUUCAGCCUGGUGGACCACAGCGGGCGGCGCCGCACCAAGCGGGACUUCCUGGGCCGCUGGGUGCUGCUCUACUUCGGCUUCACGCGCUGUCCCGACAUCUGCCCCGACGAGCUGGACAAGAUGAGCGCCGCCGUGGCCGAGCUGGACGCCGACGCCUCGCUGCCGCCCGUGCAGCCGCUCUUCAUCACCGUCGACCCCGAGCGCGACCCCGUGGAGGCGCUGGCCCGCUACGUCAAAGACUUUCACCCCCGACUGGUGGGCCUGACGGGCACCCCGGAGGAGGUGCGAGAGGCCGGCCGCGACUUCCGCGUCUACGCCGGCCGCGGCCCGCCGGACCAGGACGGCGACUACCUGGUGGACCACUCGGUCCUCAUCUACCUGCUGGGCCCAGACGGACUCUUGGUGGACUACUACAACCGGCAGAAGGACAAGGAGCACAUCGUGCAAAGCGUGCGGCGACACAUGGCCGAGCGUGGCCGACUGUAACCUUGGCGGCGUGACGGGAGGAGCGACGCCGCCGCGGUCAAGUAAGGCAAGAUUCCUCAUUGGAUUCCCUGAAUGGGAAGCCACGGCAUUUCACAAUCCGCUACUCGUCGGGAGAAGACGCCCUCGAUCAAAUCACUGAAUAAAAAGCGCAAAGAUUUU